CUGCUUUUCCUUCUAUUUCCAUCAACGAUCCACCCUUACGCCUGUUGAACUUGAAUAUCGUCUCGUAGACCUCGGUCUCUUUUACAAUUUCGACUUAAAAUUACAAGUUAUACUUACCCACCCUAAAGAUGCCUCCCAAGAAAGCUUCCACCGGCGCAGCCAAGAAGACUGGCUCGACUCAUGCUUCCUACCGUGAUAUGAUCAAGGAUGCUAUCCUGAAUCUGAAAGAGCGCAAUGGUAGCAGUCGCCAGUCCAUCAAGAAAUAUGUUUUGGCAAAUAACAAGAUUGCACCUGCAUCUACCAACGCCUUCGAUAGCCAGUUCAACAAGGCUAUUAAGGCAGGUGUUGAGAAGGGUGAAUUCACCCAACCCAAGGGUCCUUCUGGACCCGUGAAGCUCGCCAAGAAGGAAGCUGCUCCUAAGCCUGCUGCUAAGAAGAGCACCACCACGGCUAAGCCGAAGAAGGCUACUGCCACCACUACUAAGAAGGCUGAGAAGGCCGAAAAGGCCGAAAAGGCCGAGAAGCCUAAGACGACCACCAAGAAGACUGGCACUACUACCAAGAAGAGUGUCGGCAGACCUAAGGCGAACACCGCUAAGCCUCGCAAAGCAUCCACUGCUGCUCCUGCCGUUGUUGACCAACCCAAGGUCAUCGGCAAGACGAAGUCCGGUCGUGUGACCAAGACAACGGCUAAGCCUGCUGAAAAGGCGACCAAGAAGUCUACUAAGAAGGCCUAAAGCCAAUCUCUCGCAGAACAUAUUUUUGAGCGACUAGGUGAUUUCGUGUUCGAUUUGGUUGACAUGACGAGGGCUUCGGGCUGUAUCUUUCUCUUUCUUGGGUUGUAUCCCUUCUUUCUUCGGCUGUAAUUUCUUUUUUCUUAUCUCUAUUUUUUUUUUGUCGAUGCGGUGACUGCCUCUGGGAUAUGUUGAUGGUUUAUUCUUUCGUUAUUGGUAGGGUUGGCGUCUUGCGGUGGAUAUGGGAAACGUCUUUUUGUUUUUUUCCUUUGUGCUUGAUAUUUAUUUGCGGCACGCGUCAGCGGACAGUGCUAUGUUGCGGAAUGGAGUUGAUAACCAUGCUUCUUCA